UAUCUUUCUUGGGAAUGAAAUCUGAUCCCUAACCUCUUCCUUUACUCUCUCCGCGCUUCACUUCUCGUAUCAUACUUCAAAUUCAUCACAUAUAAUAUAACUAUGGACUUCUCUUUUAUGUUAAACGAUCAUCAUCAAAUGGAGUUUCUUCUUCUUCAAUUUCUCAGAGUUUCUUGGAUCGCUGCUACAUUGCCUAUUAUCAUCGCUUCCAUUCCCAUUCCCAAACUCAACUGCUUCCGCCGUCUCUUGCUAGGUUUUGCAAGGAGAGGAAAAAUCAUGCACUCUUCUUCUCAAAAAUUUACUGUUCCUCAGAGAUUCUUCUUGCACUUUUAUGUUGGGGCUUCAAUAUGGACAACUUUUUUGCUUGUUACAACUUGGUUAUAUGCUUAUAGAAUGGUGCCAUUAGUUGCAGAACCAUUGUCUUAUUCUACUAUAACUAGUUACUUGACUGGAGGUUCAACUAUUAGAACUGGUUCUGCUAAAUUCCAUCAGAGAUAUGUUGCAUGGCAAGCUGUUUUUAUUCUUUUAUUGAUGGAAGCUCAAGUUCUUCGACGCCUUUAUGAAACUAUAUAUGUGUUUAAUUAUAGCCCUUCUGCUCGCAUGCAUAUUCUUGGUUAUCUCACUGGAUGGUUUUUCUACAUAGCAGCACCGUUAUCUCUGUGUGGUGAUUGUGCAUUGGAUGUUUUUGACUUCUUAGCCAAUCUAGCUACUGAGUUCAUCGUCAAAGGCAAGAAUCAGAUGCCAGUACCUGAGUUAGAUUUCUGGCUAAUUUUAAAUCCCCUCACCAAGCUUGGGUGGAAGCAUUGGAUUAGUGCUGCUGUUUUCUUCUGGGGCUGGAUUCAUCAGUAUCGGUGCCAUAAGAUUCUUGGUUCUCUACGAGAUUCAAGACAAGCAGAUGAAUAUGUAAUUCCUCGCGGCGAUUGGUUUGAAAUCGUUUCCUCUCCACACUAUCUCUCUGAAAUGGUUAUAUACGCAAGUUUUGUGGUUGCUACUGGUGGAUCCAAUCUAACAAUAUGGCUACUUUUUGUUUUUGUGGUGACAAAUCUGGCAUUUGCAGCCGUGGAAACACAUAGAUGGUAUCGUCGUAAAUUUGAAGAUUAUCCAAGCAGUCGGUUUGCUGUUAUUCCAUUUAUUCUCUGAGACAAAGUGUAAUUAUCUCAAAAUAUCAGUAAAGAACUUUUUCACUUCUCAAGAUGUACAUAUUUAGGUUAAGCUGUUAUGUUAUUUAUGAAAAAAGCUUUGUGUUGAAGAAAUUAUCAUAUGAGCACGAGUCCUUAGUUACAGUUGUUUCAAUCUUAGUU